AUGUUCACUCGUCUCUUCUCCUCCGUCUCCCCUCUGUCCUUCCCUCCAUCCUUCCUCCUCCUCCUCCUCCUCUUCAUCAUGACAGCGGUCUUCUUCCUCCUCAUCGGUCGUCUCAACAGACCCCCAUCUUCGCCCUCCAUCCCCUGCCUGCCACGGCUCCCCGUCCUGGGAAGUCUCCCCUGGCUGGGAGGAAGACUCCCGCCUCACCUGCUCUUCAGCCAGCUGGCCCAAAGGUACGGCUCUCUGUUCGCGCUCUACCUCGGCCCUCACUACACCGUGGUGAUCAACGACCAUCAACACGCCAGAGAGGUCCUCCAACAGAGAGGGAAGGACUUCGCAGGGCGACCGAGCAUGGUGACCACCGAUCUGCUGACAAGAGGAGGGAAAGACAUCGCCUUCUCAGACUACUCUCCUCUGUGGAAGUCGCACCGCCGCCUCGUCCACAACUCCUUCACCCUGUUUGGAGAGGGAACGAGCCGGCUCCAGGACAUCGUCCUGUCCUCCGUGGACGGCCUCUACGCUGAGCUCAUGUCUGGAGGUCGCCUCGGCUUUGACCCGUCGCCGGCGGUGACCAGAGCCGUCACUAACGUGGUGUGCACGCUCGUGUUCAGCGCUACGUAUCGUCAUGGAGAUGCUGAGCUGCAGGAGGUGAUCCGGUACAACGACGGCAUCGUUCAGACGAUCACCAGAGGAGGACUGGUGGACAUUUACCCCUGGAUGAAGGUCUUUCCAAAUGAGUGUCUCAGCAAACUGAAGGAGUGUAUCAUCGUCAGAGAUCGACUUCUGUCACGAAAACUGGAGGAGCACAAGGUGACGUUGAGUGACGGUGACCCCCGUGACCUCCUUGAUGCCUUGCUAAAGGGCCAGACGGAGAGCGGGCGGGGUCAAAAGCCAACUGGGUCUGAGGAGGAGAGGAUAACUGACGACCACGUCCUGAUGAUAGCAGCUGAGGCUUUUGGCGCCGGAGUAGAGACAACCUCCACGUCUCUACUGUGGAUCCUGGCCUACCUGCUGCACCACCCAGAGGUCCAGGAGCGUGUGCAGAAGGAGCUGGAUGAGAAGGUGGGCAGUGAUCGACCGGUGUGCAUGUCAGACCGAAGCCGACUACCGUACCUGGACUGUGUCAUCAACGAGGGCAUGAGGAUCCGACCAGUUAGCCCCGUCCUGAUCCCUCAUACAGCCAUGACGGACAGCUGCAUUGGAGGUCACUCUGUCAGUCGUGGGACUCGUGUUCUGGUCAACAUGUGGGCGAUUCACCACGACCCUGACCACUGGGACAAACCCGACCUGUUCAACCCAGACCGUUUCCUCGAUGACCAGGGCCAGCGGGUGACACCUUCCUGCUUCCUGCCAUUCGGGGCGGGGCCUCGAGUGUGCGUCGGCGAAUCCUUGGCCAGGCUGGAGCUCUUCCUCUUCCUGGCUUCUCUGCUCCAGAGAAUGACUUUCAGUCUGCCUGACGGGGCUCCUCUGCCCAACCUGCAGGGGCGGCUGGGUGUGGUUUUACAACCAUUACCGUAUAAGGUUGUCGUUACUCCAAGGGCGGGGUGGGGAGGUGGGAUCAAAUAA